AUGUCUGUGAAGAAGCGACUUGCUUUGAUGUGUGCGCUGGGCCUCGGUUUCGUUGCUGCAGCCAUGGCCAUUAUCAAGUGUACUCAAUUGAAAGGUCUUGCUGACACGGCUGAUUAUACAUUUGGCACAUGGCAGCUGGUCAUCUGGACAAACAUCGAAGCAAACGUCGUCGUCAUUGCAUCGUGUAUUCCCACCCUCCAGCCUCUGCUAGAAUAUAUCCUCCGAAGGAGCAGAGGCACAAGCUAUAACAACAAAUACUUCAACCGACUAGAGAAAGACAGCGGUAUUAAUAACUCCCAAUCCAUCGAAAUGCGUGCACAUCGCAACAACCGAAGCAAGCAGCACAGUAUCUCUAUUACCAACAUUGAGCGAGGAGAUGGCAGCCAGGAGAGCAUCCUUUCGCCAGUGGACGGCCAGAACCAGAUUCGUCGGACUGAUAAUGUGACCAUAAACUACGAGUCUCGAUCAGAGGAACCGGCGAGGAUGAGGGCUUGGUAA